AUGAAGCACCUAUUGCCUGUUAUUUUCCUGGUGUGCCUGGUUAUUUUCCCACGAGGAAGCGCGCAAGACGCUCCCACGCGCUCAGAUGGUUCAGCCUUUCUCCGACCCUGCUAUUUCACAAGUUGGGCACAGUAUAGGCCUGGACGUGGACAAUAUUCGACCACAAACUACAUCCCCGGCCUGUGCACGCACAUCCUCUACGCUUUCGCCACGUUCAAAGCGGAUUUUACGAUGAAAGCCGAUGACCCAACCGACCUCGUCGGUGAUGAUGGCGGUCCCGGGCAAUACCAACUUGUUAACAACCUCAAAAACCAGCAGCCCGGCCUAAAGACACUGCUCUCGAUUGGCGGAGGAGCUUUUGGAACAGCACAGUUUCAGAAAAUGUCCUUCAACAAAACCACCCGCACGAAAUUCAUCAACUCUGCUGUCGGUUGGGUGCGGAAGUACAACUUCGAUGGGAUUGACAUCGAUUGGGAGUUUCCGCUUAAAAAGGACCAGAAGUAUAUUGCGGUGUUGCAGGAGCUUCGAGCAGCCAUUAAUGCGGAAGCACAAAAAUCUGGCAAAGACAAGUUGUUGCUGACCGUUGCGGUGACAUCAACUUAUGAUACCAUGCCCGGCUAUGAUAUCGUCAAGAUGGGACCACUGCUCGAUUUCGUGAACGUGAUGACGUACGAUUUCUGGUAUCCGAGCGUCGGCACAACCGGCAUGAAUGCCCCAUUAUACAACCGGACCGGCCUCGGCGAACCGGCAAAAUUUUAUAAUGUGGUUUGGGCGGCCAACGCUUGGCACAAUUGGGGAAUUCCCAAAGAAAAAGUGAUCGUUGGGAUUGCGCCGUAUGCCCAUGGGUGGACGUUAAAGAAUGCCAGCAAAAUCCAGCCCGGCUCCACUGGUAAUACGGCCUCACCGGCUUUGAAGUUUUCGCAGGAGAAGGGAGCAGCAGCAUAUUAUGAGAUUUGUGAAAUGCUGGCCGCUGGCGCAAAACGCUACUGGCACGCCCAACAUGAAGUCCCGUGGUUGAUCCAGAACAACAAACAGUGGUACAGCUAUGACGAUGCGGAAUCAGUCGAGCUCAAGAUGGAUUUCAUCAAAGACAACGACUUUGGUGGCGCAUUUGUUUGGACGCUCGACCUUGACGAUUUCAACGGCAAAUGCUCGAACGGGAAUGGAACGCUAUAUCCGAUUAUUGGGACGAUAGCGAGGGAACUUGGCGGAGUGGAUAUU